UAUUUAAGUCUUCUCCGCGGCGCGGAGCCGCGAUGUCUCCGGCGGCUGCGGCGGCUGGAGGAGGCGACCGGCGGCGGCCGAUAGCGAGUGUCAGGGAGGCCCAGGGCCGGGGCUGGGGCUCCGGCGGGCCGGCUGGGGCGGCGCUCCUCGGGCUGUCGCUGCUUGGCCUCGUGCUGUACCUGGUGCCGGCGGCGGCCGCGCUGGCCUGGCUGGCUGUGGGGGCUACCGCGGCCUGGUGGGGGCUGAGCCGCGAGCCCCGAGGUUCGCGCGCUUUCUCCUCGCUCGUUCGGAACGCGCGGCGCCAGCGAACGCUGCUCGUCUCGCCUCCGGCCAAGUCGGCAGUAAACGGAAAUCUCCUAGAGCCGCGGACGCUGCUCGAAGGACCCGACCCCGCUGAACUGCUCCUUAUGGGCAGUUACCUGGGCAAGCCCGGCCCCCCGCAGCCUGCCCCCGCUCCGGAGGCCAGGGACCUGCGAGAGAGGCCUGGCCGCCGCCCACCCGUCCGCUCCCCGCCGCCCGCUCCCUCGGCGCAUCGCGUUCGCCACAUUCACCCCUCUCUCCCCACUCCUCUUCUCCGAUCCCCUAGGAGGCCUUCCCACCGGGAUUGUGGGACUUUAUCAAAUCGGUUUGUAAUAACACCUCGAAGACGAUAUCCAAUCCAGCAGCCCCAAUAUUCCUUUCUGGGGGUGCUUCCCACCGUGUGCUGGAAUGGUUGUCACAAGAAGGCUGUGCUCUCUCCUCGGAAUUCCAGGAUGGUGUGCAGCCCAGUGACGGUGAGGAUAGCUCCUCCCGACCGCAAACUGACUCGUUCUCCAAGACCAGAGCAGAUGAUCAGCUCAACACUGUCCUCACCAUCAAGUAAUGCCCCAGACCCAUGUGCAAAGGAGACUGUACUGAGUGCCCUCAAAGAGAAGAAGAAAAGGACAGUGGAAGAGGAGGAGGACCAAAUAUUCACUGACAGCCAGGAAAAUAAAAGAAGGCGCCAUGAUAGCAGUGGGAGUGGACAUUCAGCGUUUGAGCCCCUGGUGGCCAAUGGAGGCCCUGCUUCCUUUGUGCCUAAGCCUGGGUCUCUGAAGAGAGGUCUCAAUUCCCAGAGCUCAGAUGACCACUCGAAUAAGAGAUCCCGCACCUCCUCUGUGAGCUCCUUGACAAGCACGUACACGGGUGGCAUCCCUAGUUCCAGCCGCAAUGCCAUUACCAGUUCUUACAGCUCGACUCGAGGUUUCUCUCAGCUGUGGAAGGGAAGUGGUCCCAGUUCAUCACCCUUCUCAAGCCCAGCCUCAUCCCGAUCCCAGACUCCAGAGAGGCCAGCAAAGAAAAUAAGAGAAGAGGAGCUUUCUCAUCAUUCUAGUUCUUCAACUCCAUUGGUAAUAGACAAGGAGUCCCAGGGAGAAAAGGUUGCAGAUGCAACUGCAUGGAAGAAACAAAACUCGUGGAAUUCCCCAUCUACACCUGGCAGCUCUGGGCAACGUAAACGGAAGAUUCAGCUGCUGCCCUCCAGGCGAGGGGACCAGCUGACCUUGCCUCCACCUCCCCAGCUUGGUUAUUCAAUUACUGCUGAAGACCUAGACUUGGAAAAGAAAGCUUCGUUACAAUGGUUUAACAAGGUCUUGGAGGACGAGACUGACACUGCCUCAAACUCUGUCACUGAGAACCCACCCACCACUCAGCCUUCUUUUCCUUUUACCCUGCCUGCUGCUGGGACUACUUCCUCCCCAACCUCCCUCCCAGCCCCAAGUGCUAACCCGCUGUUGGAGAGCUUGAAAAAGAUGCAGAGUUCCCCGGGCUUACCAUCCUUCCCAGAAUCUGCUGGAGUGGCAACCACUGUGGCCCAUUUGCCUCCGAAGACACCCAGCCUUCUGGCCUCUCUUGGGUCUUCACAGUCAGGGCCCCUUCCAGGCACCUCUUCAGACUCCAAGUCCACGGUCACUUUCUUGGGGCUGACCCCUGCUUCUUCCACGAUACCAGUCACUGACACCACCAAGUCACCUCAAGCCCCUCAAGCCGAGACAUCUGCCAAAUCCCAAGCCCUGUCUGCCCCAUCCCCCACCCCCAAGCAAAGUAUUCUCUUUGGAAUGCUGAGCACCCCCCCUGCUAACCCUUCUGCCUCUGCAGCUCCUGCUGUGUCUUCAGCAUCUCCCAUGUUCAAGCCCAUUUUUGUGGCCCCAGCUAUAAGUGAGAAUGAGGGCUCCUUGCAGGCUAGCCCUUCCAAGGUUACCACCACCACAACUUCCGCGUCUGCCCUCCCCAUGACUACCAGCACCCCUCCCCCGACUUUUAAGCCUAUCUUUAGCAGCAUGGGUCCACCUACAUCUGUGCCCUUAUCAACUCCCUUCUCCUUCAAUCAGACAACUACUCCAGCCACUACCACGAGCGCCCCUCUAUUCAUUGGCCAGGCCAGUGCCGCUUCAACAGUGGCUUCUGUGACUACAGCCAGCACAUCCGCAGACUCUGCUCCAAAGCCUGCAUUUGGCUUUGGUGUGAGCAAUGUGACCAGCACCCUGAGUAGCAUGACUAGCACCACCACUUCCACUUCACAGUCUUUCCUCUUCGGGACUCCCCCUGCCUCUGGGGCCAGCUUUACCCCAGCCGUGGGCUCCAUAUUCCAAUUUGGCAAGCCUUCUGCCAUGCCUACUUCUACGACAGUCACCACCUUUGGCCAGUCCCUACCCAGUGCCGUUCAGACAGCCGCCAGCAGCAGCACUGCCGGCUUUAGUGGUUUUGGUAACACCCUUACCACCUCAGCCCCAGUCACCACCAGCCAGCCGACGCUGACAUUCAGUAGCACUACCACCCCAGCAUUUAACAUUCCCUUUGGCUCAAGCACCAAGCCUCUCCCAGCAUAUCCAGGAGCCAAUGCCCAGCCAGCGUUUGGGGCCACUGAUGGGCAGCAGCAGGGGACUACCAAGCCAGCUCUUGCCCCCAGCUUUGGCAGCUCUUUCACUUUUGGAAACUCUGCAGCCGCAGCCCUGACUGCAACUCCAGCACCAGCCCCUGCCCAGCCAGCCUUCGGCAGUGCUGGGCAGUCGGCUUUUGGUGGUUUGAAACCCGCAGCCUCUGCCUUUGGUGCCCCUGCCAACACUCAGCCAGCCUUUGGCAGCACCACGGCUGUUUUCUCCUUUGGUGCAGCCACCACCUCUGGCUUUGGAGCUACAACCCAGACCACCAGCAGCGGGACCAGUAGCUCAAUGUUUGGCAGCACAACGUCAUCACCCUUCACAUUUGGGGGAUCAGCAGCCCCAGCUGGCAGUGCGGGCUUUGGGAUCAAUGUGGCUACCCCAGGCACCAGUUCAACCUCUGGAGCUUUCAGCUUUGGAGGAGGACAGAGCGGGACCACUGGCAGCACAACCCCCUUUGGGGCAGGCUUGAGUCAGACCACGUUGGGCGCACCCGGCCAGAGCACACCCUUUGCCUUCAAUGUGGCCAGCACACCUGAGAGCAAACCUGUGUUUGGAGGCACCUCCACACCCACCUUUGGUCAGAACACCCCUGCCCCUGGGGUGGGCACGUCGGGCAGCAGCCUCUCCUUUGGAGCAUCCUCAACACCCACCCAGGGCUUUGUUGGAGUCGGACCUUUCGGCUCGGCUGCCCCUUCGUUUUCCAUUGGUGCCGGAUCCAAGACCCCAGGGGCUCGGCAGCGCCUGCAGGCCCGAAGGCAGCACAACCGCAAGAAGUAGACUUUGUCCCUUGCCCCCACCCCCCAAAACCCCUACCCAAAUCUGGACCUCAUCACCUGCUAGGAAGAGCCUCUGACCCUUCUAGUUCCAUAAAGCAAUCCUACCCCAGAUUCCUGGCUUCAGCCACCAAGGAGGCAGUGGCAGCCCUGGGGGCUGUUUCCCUCUCCUCGAGGAAGCAGAAGCCUCAGGCCUCUUGAGGGAAGGGAAGGCAGGAUGUGGCAGGGCAGACGCCUGAUGCCUGUACUUGAACAGUUCCACCGGUGAGGCUGGAGAGAACUAAGGAAACAUCUGUACAUAGUGUCCCUCACUUGUUUAGUGUGUAAGCUUAGUCAGGCAGCCUCCCUUCCCUCCCUCCCUCUCCCGCCCCCCCCCC